GCUUCCUUUGGCUCCAUGCUCCAAGCUCCAUGCUGCCUCCUCCGGCUGUGUCAGUCCCCCGGCUCCUGCUGCAUCUGAAGUUUUAUAAGGUUGCGCGCACGCACGGGGCGCAACCAAUCAGGAGUCGGCAGGCCGGAUUAAAAAGGUUCUUCUUUGUGGACCCAUUGGCCCAAACUACAUGAGCUGCUGGAUGAGCGGGUCUACGUGCCACCAGCUUCUUUGCAGGAACAAGAUGAAUACCAUCUUAUUUUGGAGUACAAAGCAGGCCAGCAAAGAGAAAGUACAAGUAACAAUUCCUGCUUCAUAAAGAUAUAUAAUGACUCCUGGUCAUCUGAUGUGCCUGUCCAAUGUACUUAAAGAGGAACUGACAGAUUCUUCUAAUACUCCCCUGUUUUUGGACUUGUAUAUUAAAAUGUGCAAAAAUGUAGAAGUCAGUGGGCAAUUGUGUGAACCUGAUGGACAAGCAUGCAACAGCACAGACUGCAGCUUCCAUGGCCGAGGUGCCUUCAGAUAUCCUUAUUCACCUUGAGUUGGCUAGUAUGACAGAUGGGGACCUGAUGAGAGGAAUCAUUUACUAGCAGGUCUUCCCUUUCAUCAGUUCUCUUGGGCUCAAUGAGUAGGAGCUCUUAUUUCUCAGCCGAUCAUCCUCCGGCGCCCACUCCUCCAUCUCUGCCUGGUCCGGAAUCCCAGAGGUUGGGAUUGUCAGUGAUAUCUUGUUCUGGAUUCUUAAGGGUUCAGAGAAUGGAGCCUCCGCUCUUACCUGAGUUCACUUUCACACCCUGGCCUACCAUAUUUUGGCAACUGUUGAUGGCUUCUGGGGGAAUCGGGUGUCUGCAGUAGCUGCUGGUGCAAGGGUUUCUAGUACUCAGGCUUGUGCCAGUGAAACUAUCAAUGCAACCAGAGUAACAUUAUAGACUCCUUUGGAGUUUUCUACCUCUCGGGAACAGGCGGGCAGUAGAGUCAGGGUGAGCGCACAGGAACCAGUUGUAGUUUGGAGUAGGGAAGGAGUAACAUUCCACUUCACACCAGUUCUCAUCUGCAAAGAUCCAGUUCGGACUGUGGGGUUAGGGGACGCAAUAUCAGUACAGGGACUCUUGUUCUCUGAGGCAACAUCUCAGUAAGGUAUCACAUACUUCUAUCCUAAGCCUCAAAAAGUUUAAAGCUGAGAACUGCACUUUUUGAGAGUCCCAUUCCAUUAUAAUGACAAAACUAUGUGUGGAUACAUUUGAGUGCAAGUUCCUGGGUUUGAAUCUGCUGGCAGUAAUGGAAUGCUUGUGUGCAUGGCUUCUUUCCUCUUUUGAUGCUUUACACACAUAUUGUUGAUUUGGCCAAAGCAGAAAUGUCCAUAAAAUAUUUUUUGUGGCUGCAGUGAUUAAAAGAGAAACAGUACCUGCAUGUGGAUAAUUUUGUCCCUUGCUAAUAUGUCAGGCACCCUUAUUUCCCAUCUCAUGAGCAGUCUAUGGACUACAGAAUUUCUUUAGGAAGUCUUCGAUCUGAAUUGAUGAUGCAUGAAAUUGACCACACAGGACAAGUGUUGGAAUAUCCAACUAAAUGGAUCCAAAUAUGGAUGACUAGAGUAGCCAUUACAUAUUCCAAGACCCAGCCCAUGUGGCGGGUGGAAAUAUCAAUUGUGAUCUAAGAGUCUGGAUGAAAUCAAUAACUCAAAAUAUAUACUGCUGGGAUGGUCUAUUUUCUACACUACUAGUGUGGGCCCUUGGUGUUUUGGGUUGGCUGAUGACCCGCAUACACACACAGGGGAUACUGCAUCUAGUUGAUAGUCUUGGCUUUUGUUGUGUAAAGCCUAAAGGAAUAAAUGCUGCAAUUUAGAAUCCAGACUUAGCACUGAAAUUUAAACUGCGCAGUAGAUUGGCAUCAGUUGGUACUGAAGUAAUGGCAGGAUUUCUUUGUUCCAGCUGGGGAUAUUAACUGCCUAUUGCUUAGGAUCUGUUGCUUUGAUAAGGUGGCUCUACACGGGCAGAUUGCUGCUUGAGCGUACUAAAGGCCAGAACAUCUCUUUUGCU